UUGGGCCGGCUCCUAACUCCAUGAUAUAUGUCUACCUUCUUGCAAGAUUUCUCCACCACCACCGCAUCUCACACUCUAGAUCUCCUUUGGCCUCUCUUCCUCUCUAUGGAAGCCGUAAGAGAUCUUGAUCAGCUAGAAAGCUCCUUAAAUUUUACAGAAUUACCACCUUCUCAAUGGGCUGAUAAGCUCCUCAGUGUUUUCAUCGCUGAUUCGGAUUUUGAUGCCCUUGCAAGAGAAAUUGAAGUACUAAAGCCUAAAGUAAGAGAAAACAUAUUCAUGUUUUCUUCCAGAGAUAAGGACGCAAUAAAAAGGAAAAUUAUCUCGAUUCAUUUUAUUGACAGUCUUGGUCUCUCUUUUUAUUUUGAGAGCGAGAUAGAAGAGACCCUUAAACAUGCUUUCCAGGAGAUAGAUGAUUUGAUCGCUGAUGAAAGUGAUAUUUACACUAUCUCCAUCAUGUUUCGGGUUUUUAGAACAUAUGGUCAUAAUAUGUCGUCUGAUGUUUUCGAUAGAUUCAAAGGAAACGAUGGUAAAUUCAAAAAGAGUUCAUUAGAAGAUAUCAAGGGUAUACUAAGCCUCUACGAAGCAGUACACUAUAGGACAACGACAGAUCAUAUAUUGGAUGAAGCAUUGAGCUUGACAUUGGACCAUUUGGAGUCACUAGCUAUAGAUCACAAAGCGAACCCACCACAUAUUUUGAAGCAUAUACAAAAUGCUCUUUACAUACCUCAGCACCAGAAAACCCAAGUUCUGGUUGCAAGAGAGUAUCUGUUGUUCUAUGAACAAGAAGAGGACCACGAUGAAACACUAAUCAAGCUAGCAAAGCUCAAUUUCAAGUUCUUGCAGCUUCAUUACAUUCAAGAACUAAAAACUAUCACCACGUGGUGGCGGGGACUAGACCAUACAGGUAACCUCCCACCUGGCUUCAGAGAAAGAACAUUCGAGAGUUGGUUUGUGGGAGCAAUGAUGUAUUUCGGACCACAAUUUUCACUUGGGAGAAUUAUGUCGGCUAAGUUUUUCUUAUUGCUCUGUUUUUUGGACGAUGCUUGCGAUACUUAUGGUUCAAUUCUUGAAGUUGAAAGCGUUGUUGAUUGUCUGGAAAGAUGGGACACUGGUUACAUGAAAAAUCUCCAAGGUCACAUGAAGACUGCCCUCAAAUUUGUGAUGUAUGUUUAUAAAGAGUGUGAAGAAAUAUUGAAAUCACAAGGAAGAUCAUUUGUGUUGGAGAAGAUGAUAGAAGAGUUAAAGAUAGUCGCGAGAACAAACCUUGACCUCAUCAAAUGGGUAAGAGCAGGUCAAGUUCCUAACUUUGAUGAGUACAUAGAAGCUGGUGGGGCUGAGGUUGGUUCGUAUGCAACCAUAGCAUGUUCUAUUAUGGGACUUGGAGAGCUCGCUAAGAAGGAAGAUUUUGAAUGGCUACUAUCUAGACCAAAGUCCGUCCGAUAUCUAGCCAGGAAGUCACGUCUCUUGGAUGACAUUACCGAUUUCGAGGAGGAUAUGAAUAAAGGGUACACUGCAAACGCGCUUAACUAUUACAUGAAACAACAUGGAGUCACGAAAGAAGAAGCCAUUAGAGAAUUUCAUAAGAUGAUUGAAGAUAUCGAAAAGGUUGUAAACGAAGAGUGCUUACAGACUACCAACAUUUCACGUCCUGUUCUUAUGCAGGUCGUCAAUUUUGGUCGCAUGGUGAAUAUUCUAUAUACGUCUGAUGAUGUCUACAAUCACCGCGAAGGAAAACUCAAGGAAUAUCUCACCACUUUGCUUGUAGAUCCCAUACAUAUAUAGUUAAGAGUUUGCUUGAAGACUCGUUUGGUUUUAGUUUGAAAUAGUAUUGCUUGAACUGGUUAUAUUAACCUAAAAGGAUUCCAAUAAAAUUAGUUCCAAAUGAUAUAAAAACAAGG